AUGUUGCUGAGGAAGAAAUCCAGGUGGCGCGCGGAGUUGGAGGCUCCAGCACAUCAUGAAUCACGCAUUCAUGUGUUAAUUUCUCUAUGCACGUGUUGGCGGCCGUACUGGCUCCUCCAGGGCUCUCCGGAGGGACGCCACGUUGCCGAUACGUGCAAUAUGGGGGAGGAGGAGACGCCACUCAUCGCCUUUUGGCGAACGCCCCCCUCCGGCCUAGCAAGCGCGGACCCUUCUGCGGGCCAGGCGUGCUCCUCGGAGGGGGCGCCCGCGCGGGCAAGUUUUUGUAGCACUCCGCGCCAGGCUGCUGCUGCUGCUGCUGCUGCUGCUGCUGACCCGCACGCGCCUAGAUGGUACAUGGCGGAAUGA